GUUUCUUUUCUUCCCCCUCUCCGCUCCCCCCAUAAAAACCCCCUCCAAUCAACAUGUAUUCCCCAACUACACCUACCAAUCAAUAUUCACUGUGUGGAGUGAGAAUCUAGAGAGAGAAAGCUCUCAAUCUUUCGAUUUUCACUCUAUAACACGCACUAUUUCUCGAGAAUAUCGUUUUCUUGCCGGCAAGGAAUUUUUGUUGUUUAAUCGGUUUAAAUAUGCAAUCGGAUUCCGUAAAAGUGUCUCCGUUCGAUCUGAUGUCUGCAGUUCUGAACGGGAAAGUGAUUGAGACAUUAAACGCAUCGGAAUCGGUAGAAUCAUUGAUGCCACCGGCGUUGAAGAUGCUGAUGGAGAAUCAUGAGCUGCUUACGUUGUUUACGACGUCGGUUGCUGUAUUAAUAGGAUGUGUUAUUCUUUUGGUGUGGCGGAGAUCGUCUACGAAGAAAGCUGUUAAGGAUUUGGAGCCACUGAAGGUCGUUGCACCCAAGAGAGAGAAGGAACCUGAGGUUGAUGAUGGCAAGAAGAAAGUUACGAUUUUCUUCGGAACCCAAACUGGAACCGCUGAAGGUUUCGCUAAGGCACUUUUAGAGGAAGCCAAAGUUCGAUAUGAAAAGGCCGCCUUUAAAGUAAUUGAUUUGGAUGAUUAUGCUGCUGAUGAUGAUGAGUAUGAGGAGAAACUUAAGAAAGAGUCUUUGGUCUUUUUCUUUUUAGCGACGUAUGGAGAUGGUGAGCCAACAGAUAAUGCUGCUAGAUUUUAUAAAUGGUUUACAGAGGGGGAUGCGAAAGGAGAAUGGCUUAAUAAACUUCAAUACGGAGUGUUUGGCCUUGGCAACAGGCAGUAUGAACAUUUCAACAAGAUUGCAAAGGUGGUCGAUGAGAGUCUCGCAGAGCAGGGUGCAAAACGCCUUGUUCCUGUUGGCCUUGGAGAUGAUGAUCAAUGUAUUGAAGAUGAUUUUUCUGCAUGGAAAGAGUUGGUGUGGCCUGACUUGGACCAAUUGCUGCGUGACGAGGAUGACACGACUGCUGCCACUCCUUACACAGCUGCUGUUUUGGAAUACCGUGUUAUAUAUCACGACAAACCUGACCCAUCUGCAGAAGAUCAAAGUCAUACAAAUGGUCAUGCUAUUCAUGAUGCUCAGCAUCCGUGCAGAUCCAAUGUGGCAUUCAAAAAGGAGCUGCACACCCCUGAAUCUGAUCGCUCUUGCACUCAUCUGGAGUUUGACAUUGCUCAUACUGGACUAUCAUACGAAACAGGGGAUCAUAUUGGUGUUUACUGUGAGAAUCUAAGCGAGGUUGUGGAGGAGGCUGUGAGAUUAGUAGGCUUAGCACCGGACAGUUAUUUCUCAAUCCACACCGAUAAGGAGGAUGGAACACCAAUUGGUGGAGCCUCCUUACCACCUCCUUUCCCUGCAUGCACUUUAAGAAAUGCAUUGGCUCACUUCGCAGAUGUUCUGAGUUCUCCCAAAAAGUCUGCUUUGGUUGCUCUGGCUGCUCAUGCUUCUGAUCCCAGUGAAGCUGACCGACUAAAAUUUCUAGCAUCACCUGCUGGCAAGGAUGAAUAUGCUCAAUGGAUAGUUGCAAGCCAGAGAAGUCUUCUUGAGGUCAUGGAGGCAUUCCCGUCAGCUAAGCCUCCGCUUGGCGUUUUCUUUGCAGCUGUUGCCCCACGCUUGCAGCCCCGAUACUACUCUAUUUCUUCUUCUCCAAAGAUGGCACCAAAUAAAAUUCAUGUCACUUGUGCAUUAGUCUAUGAGAAAACACCUUCAGGUCGCAUCCACAAAGGAGUGUGUUCAACCUGGAUGAAGAAUGCUGUGCCUAUGACUGAAAGUCAAGAUUGUAGCUGGGCACCCGUUUUUGUAAGAACAUCAAACUUCAGACUUCCGGGCGACCCUAAAGUCCCAGUUAUCAUGAUUGGUCCUGGCACUGGACUGGCUCCUUUCAGGGGUUUCCUUCAGGAAAGAUUAGCUUUGAAGGAAGCUGGAACCGAGCUGGGAUCAUCUAUUUUAUUCUUUGGAUGCAGGAACCGCAAAGUGGAUUUCAUAUACGAGGAUGAACUAAACAACUUUGUUGAGACGGGUGCUCUUUCUGAGCUUAUCGUUGCUUUCUCCCGUGAAGGCCCGACUAAGGAAUAUGUGCAACAUAAAAUGAACCAGAAAGCUUCAGAUUUAUGGAAGUUGCUUUCAGAGGGUGCAUAUUUAUAUGUAUGUGGUGAUGCUAAAGGCAUGGCUAGAGAUGUACACCGAACCCUCCACACCAUUGUGCAACAACAGGGAUCUCUAGAGUCGUCCAAGGCAGAGGUGUACGUGAAGAAUCUGCAAACAUCAGGAAGAUACCUUCGUGAUGUUUGGUAAUCAAAUCUCAAUUGAAGAAAUUAGUUUUGGCUUAAUCCAUUCAGAUUUUUCUUCAUCUUUCCUACAAAUUAAUUAAUGGUUACUACUUGCUACUAGAUCUGAUGAUGAUGAGAUGGGUCCUUUUUCUUUUUAUAUAGGAAUCCAAGGUCUAGUAUGUCUUGUAGUAAACAUGUAUGUAUUAUUAUUUUUACGAACCCACCCAAUUAAUUGGUAUACUUUAUGAUAUGAUGUUUGUAUCAUAAUCAUCCUAGGAUUUUAAAUCACCUAUUUGUGUUGAGUUAUAAAACAACAAAUUACAAGAUAAAAAGGUUGUUCGGUUGGUUUUUCA